AUGGCUACCAAGUCUCAAGGAUUCCUGUGGCAGAUUUGCCUGGUACUGCUGUUCUCCGCUGGAGUCAUGUCGAUGGACUGUAACCUGCUUCGUCACCAGCAAAGCAAAUUUAACUGGUACAGUCUACAACUGCUGCAAAACAUGGGUGGGAAGUUUCCUUUGAAGUGUCUGGAAGACAAGACAGCCUUCCAGUUUCCUGAGAAGGUUCUGAAGCCCAAAUUUCAACAACAUGCCAAGAUGGCCAUCCAUGAAAUUCUCCAGCAGCUCUUCGGCAUCUUCAGCAGGAACCUGACCCAAACUGGCUGGGAAAGAAGAAAGGUGCAGAGUUUCCUAAAUGGGCUCGCUCUGCAGACCGAACGCCUCGAGACAUGCCUACCUACAAAGGCCGGGGCCAACAUUCUGAGACUGAAGAAAUACUUCCAGAGGAUCCAAGAUUUUCUUACGGAAAAGAAAUACAGCACCUGUGCCUGGGAGAUUGUCAGAGAGGAAGGGCAGAGGUGUUUUCAAUAUAUUGACAAGCUCACCGUUAGGAUGCAAAAGUAGGCGACAAACAUUUUACUAUGAACAUUUGAGAAGUUUGGGUGAAGCAGCGAACUGGGAGCAGGAAACCAUCUGACCUCAAGCUUAAACUCUAAUAUGGACUUUGUGACCCUUUUCAAGUCAAUGUAUUUGACUCCAUUUGCCAUCGGUAAACUGGGGAUUAUACCAUAAACUUCAGCAGGUGGGGCUGAUUGUUUAAAAUGCUCUGAAGAGGAAAAAUCUUCAAAACUAUAUGAAUGUACUUCAUGUACUGUGUACGAAGUCUUAUCCAAAAGCUAAGAAAUAUUUUAGAGGCCAAACACAGGUGG